AGUGCCAUCUAUCGUUAGGCAUGAAAUAUCACUAGAAGGUUAUUCAAGUUGCGCGCGUUCUCUUCAUUUGACAAGUAUUUCGUGUGUGUAAUCCGGUUUCUGAAGUGUAAAAAGUUUUUCAAGAAAAUGGGUGUUACAGUUUUGCAACAAUAUCCGAUGAUAGAAAAUAGAACUGGACCACAAACCAUCGAAUUCCUGACGAAACGAGUCGUUGCCCUUGGUGCUAUGCAAACUGGCCAAUUUUUGGUAGAUUGUGAAACCUACGUUUCGGUGCCGCAAUUGGGUGUCCAACGGACUCUUCACGUUCUCCACAACUCGGAGCAGCCGGCAUCCGCGUUCGCGAUCCUGGAGUCGGGCAACAAGGUGGUCCCGUUGAUAGCCGAUGGCCUGUUCGAUCUGUUGAUGUACAAAAUCUCGAGCGUGUACACGAACAAGAUGCAGAAGAUGGAGUCGAAGGGGCCCAGGUUCGAGAUUGGCGAUUUUUGCGUGAAACUCGGAAGCGUGACGAUUAAUCAGAACUUCAAAGGCGUCCUGGUCGAGGUGGAAUAUAGGCCUUGCGUCGUUCCCGGAAGUGCAUGGGAAUUGAUCCGUGAAUUUUUGCAAGGUUUCCUCGGUUCCACCGUGUCCAAUCAAGCACCGCAAUAUUUACAGAAUCGAAUGAACGAUAUUUAUCAACCGUUGGAUACGAUACAACAAUACUUGGAACAUUUUGGCCAGUACAGGAAAGCUACCGGUGUAAUUUAAAGAAAUGAUUUGUAUCGACCAAAUUAAUAUCGAAAUAUUAAAAAAAUAUUUCAUUUCUCCCUCGGAUGAAACGAACUAUCGUUUCAAUAAUUUUAUGUAAUUACCUGUAGAUCGAAGGUAAUCCAUUUCUAUUAUUAAUAAUUUUUCAAUUAUUAAAUCUACAUAUGUAAUCUAAUAUACUAUUAAUUGUUU